AACCUCAGAUGGAUGGAUGGAUGGAUCUCUGAUCACCGUACAGAGCUGAAAGAUUCAGAUCUCUGCCAGAAUUAUUGCCGCAUCUGUAUUGGUUCAUGUAAACCAGGGCAUGUUUAUUUUGAGUGUGCCCUAAUUUACAGAAUGUCUUUUUUUUUUUAUGUAUUACACUUGCAUAAGUCCUUUAUCGUAAAGAGUCCGUUGACAAGUAAGAUGAAUACAUUGAAUAAUGAUGAAGUGCUUCCCCUAACGCAGAAAGCUGAAGCAUCGAAAAAAGUAAUCAAAGAAAGCAGGGCUGGGCAAUAUAUCAAAUCAUAAGCGUUCUUUGCAAUUGCAUUAGUCGCAAAGAGCUUAGAAGCAAUAUUUGUUAGUCUUUUAUUGUCAAACAUGACGUGGCUCUUGGAGACCAAGGCGUUUUAAGCUCAGGAAGAGUGCUGGGGUCACUGUGAUGGAGAAGAGUGAGGAGAAUAUCAAUCACAAUCAAUAUCAUCAUCCAAAAAGUCCUAAUAACAACACAAUUUAGCGGCUAAAUUAUUUAGUUGGAUCCAUGCAGUUUCCCUGUACUUCCAGUACAAUUAUUCAUCAUUGAGGGAUCAGUGUGGGGUGUGACUGUGGCUCACAUUUGGUAGGAUUCAGAACGGAAGCGUUUCUAAAGGAGAAUACCUGGUCGCCUUCCUGCAUGAAACACCCAGCGGCUGCUUAGGCACUGUACUUUGUACAGACCGACUCACUUCGCCAUCGGUCAGAAGGCUCAGACUGGUCCCCGGCACUGACUUCCUCCCCAAAGAUGAAGCUGAAGGAGGACAUAAACCCCCUGCUCCUGCAGGUGUUCCGCUCUGUCGUCUGGGUCUACUCUGUCAUUACCUUCCUACCCUGGUACUUCUUUUCCGGGGCCGGAAGCAAUUUGGAGCGAUCCCGCCGGAUCAAGGCCUGCUCCAUCAGCGGACACCCGUCCGGGCCCUACAGGGCCACCAAUAGCCAAGAGAAGCUGGCGGCAUUGGUGCACCCAGGAGUCGAGACACUGGACAAAAUGUUCGAGUAUGCAGCGAGGAGGUUCCCAAACAGGGACUGUCUGGGUACCAGAGAGGUGCUGAGUGAGGAGGAUGAGCCCCAACCAAACGGCAAGGUGUUCAAAAAGGUGAUUCUUGGGAACUACCACUGGCUCACAUAUGAGGAAGCCUACCAUGCAGCAAAGUGCUUUGGCAGCGGCCUGGCAGCUCUUAAUCAGAAGCCUCACCACAACAUCGCCAUCUUCUGUGAGACCAGAGCGGAGUGGGUCAUAGCAGCGCAGGCCUGCUUCAUGUACAAUUUCCCACUCGUGACACUGUAUGCCACGCUCGGGCCCAAAGCCAUCGCUCAUGGGCUGAAUGAGACCGAGGUCACUCACAUCAUCACAAGCAACGACCUGCUUCAGAGCCGCCUUAAGGCCAUUCUGUGCGAUGUGCCGCGGCUGCAGUAUGUCAUCGUUGUGGACGUUAAGCCCACGAGACAGACAGACAUGCCCAGAGGUAUCACGAUCUACAACAUGGAGGCUGUGAAGGAGCUGGGCUCCAAGCCUGUUCACCUGGACCGCAGACAGCCGGAGCCCUCGGACAUCGCUGUCAUCAUGUACACCAGCGGCUCCACGGGCAUCCCCAAGGGUGUGAUGAUCUCCCAUGGCAACCUCAUCGCUGGCAUUGCAGGCAUGGCCGAGCGGAUCCCCAACCUCAAUGAGACAGACACCUACAUUGGCUACCUACCAUUGGCCCACGUUUUAGAGCUCAGCGCUGAACUGGUCUGCAUCUCCCAUGGCUGUCGCAUUGGCUAUUCCUCUCCUCAGACUCUAGCUGACCAGUCCUCCAAGAUCAAGAAGGGCAGCAAAGGGGAUACCAGUGUGCUGAAGCCGACUCUCAUGGCAUCUGUACCAGAGAUCAUGGAUCGAAUUUACAAAAACGUCAUGACCAAAGUGGACGAGAUGAGCAAAUUUCAGAAGACGCUCUUCGUGUUGGCUUAUAAUUACAAGAUAGAGCAGAUCUCCAAGGGCUACAGCACGCCUCUCUGUGACAGGUUAGUUUUCCACAAAAUCCGGUCUCUGUUGGGAGGUAAAACUCGGGUGCUGCUUUCUGGUGGCGCUCCGCUGUCGGCCGCCACGCAGCGCUUCAUGAACGUGUGCAUGUGCUGCCCUGUGGGACAGGGCUACGGCCUGACGGAGACUUGUGGAGCCGGCACCAUCAGUGAGGCUUGGGAUUACAGUACCGGACGCGUCGGCGCUCCGCUGGUUUGUUCAGAGAUCACUCUGAAGGACUGGGAGGAGGGGGGUUACCACAGCACCGACAAACCCAACCCAAGGGGAGAGAUCUUGAUCGGAGGGCCGAACGUCACAAUGGGUUACUACAAAAGCGAAGGCAAGAACCACGAGGACUUCUUCGUGGAUGCGAGGGGCCAGCGGUGGUUCUGCACGGGAGACAUAGGAGAGUUUCAUCCCGACGGAUGCCUGAAGAUUAUCGACCGUAAAAAAGACUUGGUGAAGCUGCAGGCGGGUGAAUACGUCUCUCUCGGAAAAGUAGAGGCUGUUUUGAAGAACUGCCCAUUCAUAGAUAAUAUCUGUGCCUACGCCAACAGCGAGGAGUCAUACGUGAUCAGCUUCGUGGUUCCCAACCACAAACUGCUGAUGGGACUGGCGGAGCAGAUGCAGAUAAAGGGCACGUGGGAAGAGCUCUGCAACAACGCCCAGAUGGAGCGAGAGGUGCUGCGCAUCAUCACCGAGGCUGCCAUCUCAGGUAAACUUGAGAGGUUUGAGAUUCCCAAAAAAAUCCGUCUGAGCGCCGAGCCAUGGACACCGGAGACCGGCCUGGUCACCGACGCAUUUAAACUGAAACGCAAGGAGCUCAAAACACACUACCAAGAAGACAUUGAGAGGCUGUACGGUGGCAAAUAACAGAGACACACUCCGAACUACACAUUCGCACGGAGCUUACGGGCCGCCCGGACCGCCGUCUCAUGAGGAUUUCCACGGAUGAUACACACACACAUAUAAUUCCAAACACUCCUCAGCUUCACCGUAACCAGUUUCAAUAAGAUAAGGCAGAAAAGUCUGGAUUCAGGGUCACAUCUUUCGAAUCAAGACCAAGAGGCAGAGACGGGACCACAGAACAGAUCCAACCGGGCUCCAAACCCACCGAGUCGCCCUGACUGGCCCACGAAGACGGACCUUUGCAUGACUCAAAGUGAAAAGAAUGUCAUGCUAGACGUUUGCGCAUCCGUGUCUUUGUCGCUUCUGUCCUCCUCGCCACGCUUUCUGGAACAUUCCUCCCCCGCAGCUCACAUCCGGCAGGUUUGCUCGGUCCCUCUUACACUCUGAGAAACCUUUUUUUUUUUGUUCGCAGGGACAUUUCUUGUUUUCAAUGCUAGUUUGUUUUGGGUUAUUUUUUUCUACAUGUGUCGCAAUGUUUCUUUCGUGUUUGAUUUGUCGGCGUCGGGGUCCAUGUGUGCGAUGAAUAAGUGUUGCAAAGCCAUGAGAGAUUUAACACUGACAUUGAAAAACACGUUUUUUUUUUCUUCUUCUUGUUACCUGUACUAUUCUGAGGGGUUUUCCAUUUUUGUAUGCAUUAAGUCGCAUUUUCUAUCUGUUUGUGCUCCUUGUAUUUUUUAAGGUUUUCUCCCAUUUUUUUUUUAUGUAUUUAUUUUUCUUUUUCAUCUGGCAUCCCAAAGUUUGCUGAUUUGAGUGCAUGUUUACUUACUUGACUCCUCUAUCCCUGCUCCCAGCAAACGCAGCAUCGAUGGCGAAAAGCUGUCCUUUGAGACUUUGCAUGCGUUUGGGAUCUGCUCCUCAACGAUCUGCCACAUCUGCCCCCGGAUUCCUCCAAUCUUGACUAAUCCUGCGAACGGAUAUCUCCAAGGGAACUUAGCUUGCUGUAGAACGGUUAAAAGUAGCGUUAGAGUUACUCUUUGGCAAAAGUUCUAUGUUAAUCUUAUUAACCAUAGGUCAACUUUCUUAGGUUACUUUUCUCAGUUUUUAAAUAUAAAUAUGAAAUACAAAACUGAAUGUGCAAUAUUUAUACUCAAGUGUGUGAGAAGGAAGAAAAUGCACAGCAGACAGCUUUUUUUUUUUCUUUUUUUUUAUGGUGGUAUAUUUGUCACUAAACCUCGUUUAGGGUGAAGGCUUUUAGUCUCGUCGUAGACUUUAAGAGGAGGGUAGAGACACACUGAUAGAGCAGUUUAGAUAUACCCUGUGCUGAAAAUGUUAGUAAAAACUGCAUGAUGGAAGGUGCACGGCUGUACCAAAGCACCCGAGUAAAGGGGGGGGGGGUAUAAAAAAAUAAUCGCACUCCAUUCCAGCCACUGAAGAAGAAAUGCUUUACGAACACGCUCCAGGUUAGAGUACAUAGGAUAAACUCGAACUGAAAUUUCUGUAUAUUUAGACUGGUUUGUGUGUAUAAUAACUGUAUGUGUAAUGUACAUAAAACAUGGACUCUGUAAGCUGCCAUUUUGAAUUCCUGUAAGAUACAGCUUGAAUACAGUAGGUUUUCAGAUAGAUGACGUUUGAUUAGUCCCAUCCCGCAGGAGCCGUUCUCCCUUCAGUAUUUAUUUGUUUAUACACGGAAGAUGAGAAGGUUCUGUCAGCGCUGUGCUGUCAGGAAGAUAUUUUAUUAUUUUUUUUUUUCUGAAUGCAAACUCUGCUUUCUGGGUCUCGUUGCAUACUGCAUCGAUACAGGUACAGCCAGGAAGUCUUAACCCCACCCCUUUUAGCUUAUAAAGGUUUCAUCGUAUUAUUCUAACAGAGCAAAAUGCUUUUUUUUUUUUUCUCCCCCCUGACAUUUCAGUGAAAAGUCAGUCGCUUUACUCUGCUCUUUGCUGCUUUUCUCUCUCUCUCCCUCUUUGGCCGGCUAGAAGCGGCUUGUUGCCUUCUGACAAAGAAAACAUGAGGUUUAUUCAGGGGUUUAGGAGAAUGUGAAGCGCUCCCUGCUUUUUGUUGUAGCACUCACUCUGUAUACGUGCUACAGAGUACCGCCCCCCCUCCGGCGAGGCAGCAGGUGGCGUUUGUUUUUCACUUGCUGUGUAAAAAAAGGUUGGUAAGGCGGGACUCUGAUAUAAAAACUGCAUUAAACAAUACCAAUAACUGCACCACUGUAAAGGCUCCUCUAAACGUAUUUAAUGAUCUUUGUUACUGACCAGUUUUGAGGGUCUCUUUGAUUUUUAUUUUUAUUUUUCCUCUUGUUUGUUUUUGUGUGAUGAAGCUGAGCUACUGCAAGUGUAUCCUUUCUAAUUUAUUUGUGAUGUGGCCUGGGCAAUUAUGUAAUGGAAAUAAACAAGUUUUUAUUGUA